GAGACCAGAGUAGCAGGAGAAGGCGACGAAGAAGAAGAAUGAGGAGAAUGCUAAACGGAAAAUAGAGAGGACGGAGUACUGUUUAGUGAACGUUAAAUUAACGCUGUUACCUCAAAAUAUUACCAUUGAACCUAGCUGCAUUAUAUCCGCUAAACUAUGACAGAGCCUCAGUCAGCGCUGUUACUCAGGAGACAGCUUGCAGAGCUGAAUAAAAACCCUGUGGAGGGAUUUUCAGCGGGCCUUAUAGAGGACAACGAUCUGUACAGAUGGGAAGUCCUCAUAAUUGGGCCUCCAGACACUCUGUAUGAAGGUGGUGUGUUUAAAGCUCAUCUGACAUUUCCCAAAGACUACCCUCUCAGGCCACCUAAAAUGAAAUUUAUUACAGAAAUUUGGCACCCUAAUGUUGACAAGAAUGGAGACGUAUGUAUUUCUAUUUUACACGAGCCUGGGGAGGACAAGUAUGGCUAUGAGAAACCAGAGGAGCGCUGGCUGCCAAUCCACACGGUGGAAACCAUCAUGAUUAGUGUUAUCUCUAUGCUUGCAGACCCUAAUGGGGAUUCACCAGCUAAUGUGGAUGCUGCGAAAGAGUGGAGGGAGGACAGACAUGGAGCAUUUAAAAGGAAAGUUGCCAGAUGUGUACGAAAAAGCCAAGAGACUGCGUUUGAGUGAUAUUGAGCAAUGAUUUAGCUUCAUGUUUUCAGGGUCUCCAAUUGAAAAUCAACAUGGCACUGUUUCCUGCACUCUUCCACCCUGUCGUCAGGCUCGUCCUUCUUAAUCGUGGCAGGAACAGACUGGCUACUGUAGGCUGCAAUAGAACACAACAGUGACUACCACGGCUGACAGAAAACUGCCAAGCAAGUGCCAACUCCAAAAAAAAAAAAAAAAAAAACAAGAAAUAAAACCCAGAAGAUGACAAAACAUUUUUCAAGUCUAUGAACUGCUUCAACAUUCAGGAAGAUAUUGUAAAGACGUGUAAAUAGAACAGACUAAACCGGAUAAUAUAUAAACUCCCUUUCCAUCCACCAGGACACUUAGACCAAAUGAAUAGCGCUGGUUUCAGAUCCGUUUAUUUUUCUUCUUUUUCCCUCUCCGCUCCAGCAUGCAUUAGCUCUCUUUAGGUUGCUUUAAAAGGUUUUUAUUGAAUGAGGAUGUUGUCAGAGGAACGUCAGCAUCAGUGAAGAGCUGGAUUGAUUCGAGCCAGACGUGACCUGACUGAUGAAGGUUCUCUUUUUCUUUUUGAGGAAUACCGCCAUAUUAGAAAACACAGCUGUUCUUUUCUUGUGGGUUCAUAAACACUCAUGGAACUCAUCAUCAUGUGUGCACCCUGAAUGAUUUUUUUUGUUUGGAGUCUUACCAUCCUGUUUAGUUUACUUAAAAAAAAGACAAAGUUCAUGUUAGUUCUUGUGCAUGCAAAACUUUUUAUUUUUUCAAAAGUGCCUCCUAAUAAAAUGCUAGGCCACUUCACUCUGCUUUGAACAAUUGUUAAAAAUGGUGAAAAAGUAUGGAGAAAUUAUGUACCACAUAUGUAUAAAUUUAUUUAAUAGCGAGUACACAGGGAAUCUGUAUAAUUAGGGUAUUGGUAAUAAUUUGGUGUAGCAAUAACUCCUCGAGUAUAAAGUGUACACUUGUUAAUUUUGAUAUCCCAAUACAGUUUGAGGUCCUCCUCUAAUUUUUUUUUUUUUUUUUUUUUUUAGCGGCCUCUUUUCCUUGUCUGUGUUGUCCUCAGUAGAAAUUGUUAUGCAUGCUUUAUCGUACCUUUUUUUAUUUUUUGGUUUGAUCUGCUGAAUGUUUCUGGGAUUUUGUUUGCGAAUGUUCGGGUGUUUGUGUAAACAGUAUGUGUGCGAAUUGUUUUUCUGAUUCUUUGCCCUCCAAAUCCACAAUCUCAUAAUUAUUCUGCUCACUGAACUAUUGCAGUUUUGCCUAAUGUACAAAAACAAAAUACUGAUGUAUAUUUUUCAUGUUAUGGAACCUGUCACCUGUAGUGAGUUCUUCUAAAAUAUGACUUUUUCAAUA